ACAAGCAGUUUCUGCUCCUCCACGCGCUGGUGCACUACUUCUUCUGCAGAUCAUUCUCUUUGUACUAGAAGGAAAAAAUACAGUCAGUUAAAUCCAUACAGCGUGUAUUCUUCGCACUUCAGCUGCUUGUAAUGGUCAUUUACAAACAGGCAACGAUUAUCGAUCCUCGCCAAUCCGGAGAGGUCUGUAAGUAGCACAGCCACAACAUGUUUCCAGAAGUAGUUUCAAGAAGUAACACGGCCGGUGUUAAAGCGUGUUUGUUGCAAGUUACUUAAUAGCCAUAAAUACUGUCGCGAGUAUACAUACACGUACCGACAUUAAUCUAUGCAUCAGUUGGAAAAAGGUUGCCUUUUUAUUUAUUAUGCAUUUUGUUUAAUAAAUGGGUGGUUCAUUUUGCGGCUCCGAUGAAGGUUUGGAUUUGUAGUGUGGGAUUGCAUCUGAGCAGGUAUACGCCUAUAAAAGCCUGUACCCCCGUGUGCAAUAAGCCCAGGAGGUGCUAUUGCCUCGCAGAAAGACAAGUCAGUCAGCCUUCGCUUAGUGACAUCACUGAGCAACAAAAACUCGUUGGUGGGAAUCAAUUGAAUCAUCUCACCCUAAGUAAGAGAGACGCUCAAAAACUUCACUUGUCAGGGGACCAAACGAACUGCACUAAAUGUCAGGAAACUCCCCGAAAUUUGCUUUUACCAUUGGCUUCUGCUUCAAAUAUCCAGUGAGGUCACUUUUAGCCUAGAUCGGUCCUGCCCGUUUUGUACUCCUUCCCCUUUUUUCUAUAGGCAAACUCACAUCUACAAAGUCGAUUACAGCAAAGUCCACAGCUGCUGAAAAUAUGUGCAGGAGGUGGUCUCUACCGUGGAGGGUUUUCUGCUUUCCGCAGGACAGCUGUGGAGAAUAACAUGAACUGAUGUGGGAAUUUACUGGACAACAAAGCGACAGCGACGGCCGGACGCACUGCUUCCUUGUGCUGCUCGGAGGUUCGGCCGGACUGAUCCCGGAGGUUGGCCGUAGGAAAUUCAGCGAGUCCAGCAGGCAAAGCCCGCAGCAAUCGGAAAGUAUCCUCAACGAUUUCGAGCUUCGUCUCCUCAACAUGUUCGGACUAAAGCGGAGACCAAGCCCAAGCAAGCUCGCCGUAGUGCCCCAAUACAUGGUGGACCUCUACCACCUGUAUUCCGGGAACCGGGAACAGAACCUCAGCCGGCCGAGGAGUGCUUUGGGGAAGCAUUUAGAGAGGUCCGCCAGCAAUGCAAAUACUAUUAGGAGUUUUCACCAUGAAGAAUCCUUGGAGGUCCUCUCCAGCCUCAGCGGAAAGACCACACAACAGUUUUUCUUCAAUAUCACCUCCAUCCCUGACUCUGAGCUCGUCACGUCAGCAGAGCUGAGGAUUUUCCGGGACCAGGUGAUGGAGUCCAUCACCAAUGGGAGCACUGGUUACCACCGCAUCAACAUAUAUGAAGUCCUGAAGCCUGCACUUUCUUCCAAAGAACCAAUCAUGAGACUUCUGGAUACCAGGCUGGUGCAGCACAGCCUGAGCAAAUGGGAGAGCUUCGAUGUUAGCCUUGCCCUCACAAGGUGGACCACGGAGGGGCACUCCAACCUGGGAUUUGUGGUGGAGGUGGUCCACCUUGACAGCCAGAGUCAGGAGGCAAAGAGGCACGUGAGGGUGAGCAGGUCACUGCACGCCGAUGAGGACUCCUGGCCUCAGAUGAGGCCGCUCUUAGUGACGUUCAGCCACGACGGGAAUGGCAACGUCCUUCACACGCGAGAGAAGCGGCAGGCCAAGGGCAAACAGAGGAAGAAGCACAAAACCAGCUGCAGGAGGUACUCUCUCUACGUGGACUUCAGCGACGUGGGCUGGAAUGACUGGAUAGUGGCCCCGCCGGGCUACCACGCCUUUUACUGUCACGGAGAGUGCCCGUUCCCAUUGGCCGAUCACCUGAACUCCACCAAUCACGCCAUAGUUCAGACUCUGGUUAACUCCGUGAAUACGAACAUUCCCCGGGCCUGCUGUGUCCCCACAGAGCUGAGCCCCAUCUCCUUGCUCUACCUAGAUGAAUAUGAAAAAAUUAUCUUGAAAAACUACCAGGAUAUGGUCGUUGAAGGCUGUGGCUGCCGGUGAAAUGAGAACAACAUUACUGACACUUUAUUUCCCAAUGAAGACUCCUAUUUAUACAUAUAUAGAAAAUGAAAUUUAAACUGCUAUUUUGAAAAAAAGAAAUAUGAAUAUAUUUAUGUCUACAAAAGUUGGGAAAAUAAAUAUCUUAAUCAGAGGAUUAUUCCUUUAAUGGUUUUGAAAAACAUUUCUGAUGUACAUUUUCAAAUGGGUGCAAUACCAGUCAUGAAGUAUAAUGCUCAGAUUUUUAUUAUGUAUUUAUUUCUAUUAUAACCACUUUUAUGUAAAUAAGUAAUAUGUGUAUUUAUGUAUAAUCACGAUAAAAUAUAGGAUUGGAACACAAUGUCCAAGGAAGAUA